AUGGGUGAUCAUAAUAUGACCCCAUUGGCCAUAAUCGGAUUUUCAGCCCGUUACGCGCAGGAAGCGAGCUCUCCAGAAAAGUUUUGGGAAUUUUUGCUAAGAGGGCGUCAAUCAACCACUCCAGCCCCAAAAGAUCGAUUCAAUGCAGACGCAUAUUAUCACCCAGAUCAUGAUCAUGGCGGAACGUUUCAUGUCAAGGGUGGCCACUUCCUGUCGGAGGACCCAUUGGGAUUUGAUGCAGGAUUCUUCCGGAUCAGCCAGACCGAAGUCCUGACUUUGGAUCCUCAACAACGACUUGUGAUGGAAAAUGUAUAUCACGCUCUUGAGAACGCUGGAAUUCCCAUGGAAAAGGCGAUAUCCUCCAAGACUGCUGUUUUUGCUGCUGGCUUUAACCAUGACCACAGGAAUCUUCUAAAUACGGAUGUUGAAACGUCCUUAAAACACAAGUCGACUGGCUCAGAGCAGUCCAUCAUUUCAAACCGGGUCAGCUGGUUUUAUGAUUUUCACGGACCCAGCGUUACGGUUGAUACUGCAUGCUCCAGUGGGCUUGUUUCCCUUCACUUAGCUGCACAGAGUUUAAAGUCUGGCGACAGUGAAAUGGCUGUUGUGACCGGCGGAAGUGUCAUUAGCCACGUUGGAGAUAUUAUCGCAUUUAGCCAUUCUGGUGUUCUUGGCCCAUCAGGCAAAUGUUUCACAUUCGAUCACAGAGCCGAAGGGUAUGCUCGUGGAGAAGGCGUGGGAACUAUCAUAGUCAAGAGGCUAUCAGAUGCACUUAAAGACGGAAACACUAUACGAGCGGUCAUUCGCGGAACCCUCGUGAACCAGGACGGCCGAACACCAGGCAUUGCCCUUCCAAGCGCUCAGGCACAAGAAACACUAAUUCGCCAACUCUAUAGCAAUGCGAAAUUGGACCCCAGGGACACAAUGUUUGUUGAAGCACACGGAACUGGCACACCCGUGGGAGACCCCAUUGAGACAAGAGCCAUUACUAGUGCGUUUGGAUCGGAACACCGCAAAGAACCUCUAUAUGUUGGCGCGUUGAAGGCGAGUAUUGGACAUCUUGAAGGCGGUGCGGGAAUUGCGGGUGUCAUUAAAUCAGUUAUGAUUUUGGAAGCCGGCAUCAUCACUCCAAAUACCAACUUUGAGAAAGUCAAUCCAAAGAUCCCAAAGGAUGAGUGGAAUCUCGAGUUUCCUACAGAAUGCAUACCUUGGCCCAAACAAGGUGCCCGUCGCAUCUCUGUGAACUCUUUUGGCUUUGGUGGAACUAAUGCACACUGCAUUUUGGAUGACGCAUACCACUUCUUGCACGAACAAGGCCUGAACGGGGUCCAUAGGACUCGUACACGGGUGCCAACUAAGGCAGAAAUCAAUCAGCUUGUCACCUCACUGAAUAAUAUUUAUCAGGAACCAGGGGUCCCUGCCAACGGAAAUGUGAAGCUAACUCAUAGAGAGGCCAUUGCUGUCACGGAGAACAAUGUGAAUGGAACAAAUGGUGAAAUCUCGAAUGGAUUCAAUGGCGAGUCUGCGAAUGUCGCCGAUUGUGCAGCCACGAACGGAACCAAUGGGGAGUCUGCGACUGAUGCCAGUAAUGGGGCCAUGGAUGGGCCCGUUGAAAAGUCUACGAAUGGGGUCAAUGGAAAGUCUGAAACUGAUGCCAUUACUGAGACCAUGGAUGCUGCCGUUAAAAAAGCUACGAAUGGGGCCAAUGGAAUCGAGACUGAUGCUAGCGGUGAGGCCAUGGAUGGGGCAGUUGAAAAGAAUGGAGCUGCUGAUGUCACGAACGCGAAGGCUGUGAAUGGCUCCCCUGCCGUGCCCGAAACCUUGUCAAGCCGCGAGACGAAAACUUCCCAACUAUUUGUCUUGUCCGCAUUUGAUAGGGAUGGUGUACAGAGAGUUGCGUCGGAUUUGAGAAAUCACCUUGCAACUAAGAUCUCCUUGCAAUCGGAGGAUGCAGAGUUUCUCAGUGAUCUUGCAUAUACAUUGUCCCAAAAGAGAUCAGAUUUCCGAUGGAAAAGUUAUGUCGUUGCAGACUCGAUUACGGAGCUAGAAGAAAGUUUAUCUACUGUUAAGGCUCCAUCCAAACCCUCAAAUACUGAUCGUCCGCCUAGAAUUGGGUUCGUUUUCACUGGCCAGGGCGCCCAGUAUCAUGGAAUGGGAAAGCAGUUCAUGAUAUACCCAGUUUUUCGAAAGAGUCUGGAGGAUGCGACCCAGUAUAUGAACACUCUCGGGAGCCCAUUCUCUCUAAUAGAUGAAAUUAUUCGAGACAACGACAGUUCAAAAAUUCAUACUCCUGCCAUUGCCCACCCUGCGUCGACCUCUAUCCAAGUUGCUCUUGUAGACCUUCUAGCUUCUUGGAACAUUUAUCCAGCUCGUGUUGUUGGCCAUUCCUCGGGUGAAAUCGCUGCGGCUUAUUGCGCUGGUAAAAUAUCUAGGGAGUCUGCGUGGGGAGCUGCCUACUACCGCGGCUUUGUCUCUGCAAAGCAACAAGGUGUUAAAGGUGCUAUGAUUGCCGUUGGUUUAAGUCAGGAAAAGUUACAGGUGAAUAUGGACAAAGUACAUGCGACUCACAAAGGGGAGUUAGUCGUUGCGUGUUACAAUAGCCCGAGAAACAAUACCGUCUCUGGCGACGAAGUGAUGAUCGACGCGCUGAAAGAGUUGCUUGAUGCGGAAGACAUUUUCGCACGCAAGCUCAAAGUCCAGAAUGCCUACCACUCAUCCCAUAUGCAGCAACUUGCUGAAGAAUAUCUGGAACUGAUGGGUUUCCCCCCUCCCGGACAAUUCCUCGAUUGCAAUCGCAGCAUCCAGAUGUUCUCCACAAUUUCAGGGAAGAGGAUCGAAGAAGUUGAGCUUGCAACCUCUUAUUGGGCUGAUAAUAUGGUUUCGCCAGUCCGUUUCACUGAUGGUUUACUUGCUAUGCUCUUCCACCCAAAUGAUAGCGAUAUCGAACCCCGUCAAUUCGACCAACCUUGGAUAGAUGAAAUAAUUGAAGUAGGUCCACACUCUGCAUUGCAAAGUGCGAUCAAGCAGACCAUCGCUGCCACUCCCUCCCCACCUCCAGUUUCGUACACAUCUCUCCUUAAUCGUCAAGACCCUAGUAUCCGUACCAUGAUGGGUGCUAUCGGAAGCCUAAUUGGCAAAGCAGCCCCAGUCAAUAUUUAUGAAGUCAAUCAUGGUUUCAUGGGACAAAAGGAAAAUGAGCGGAGCCCACAGUUGCUUGUCAGCCUUCCUCCAUACUCCUUCAACCAUGACGAAAAAGGUUACUACGAAAGUAGACUGAGCAAAAAGAUACGUUUCCGAGAAUUCCCACGGCAUCAACUUUUUGGUGCGCCCGUCCAGGACUGGAACAGACAGAAUCGCAAAUGGCGCCAUUUCCUCAGAACUUAUGAAAAUCCUUGGCUAAAAGAGCACAUGGUCACUGGACGUUGCGUUCUUCCUGCAGCUGCAUAUUUGACAAUGGUGACUGAGGCGGUAAGGCAAGUCACAGGUGAUGCAGUCAAACUAACUGGAAUAAGGUUGAGGAAUGUGUCCAUAAAAUCUGCUCUUGUGGUUCCAGAUACAAGAGAGGGCGUGGAGGUGUCCUUAUCCAUUCACCCCGUGAACGAAUCGAACAAUUGGGAGUCUACCGUGUGGAAGUGGUUCCAGGUGUCCUCUUACAUCUCGGCCCAUGACGAUUGGAUAGAACAUUGUUCAGGCUAUUUUUCCGUCCAAUACGUAGCCUCUCCGGAUCCAAUCGACAAUGGCCGUGAGGCUGAAGCGGUUACCCAGGCUUGGAAAGAUGAAAUAGCACAAGGCGCACAGAGUUGCCAGACGCCGCUAGACAUUGGAAAGCUCUUCGACAACUUCGAGACUGUCGGCCUAAAAUACGGCCCUAUUUUUAAGAACUUAUCCGAUAUCACAGCCAACGACCAACAACCAGGUGUCAUAACGGCCACGGCUACCACCCCGGAAUUGGCGUCUACAAUGCCAAAGGGUUAUCUCCAGUCUCACACCAUUCAUCCUGUCACGUUAGACAGCAUGUUUGUUGCUGGGCUUGUGGCCAUCUGUGACCAUGGCGGCCAGACAGUUUUGAAGCGACCCAUGGUACCGACUUUCAUCAAAGACUCGUGGAUUUCCAUGGACAACAAUUCCCAAGCAGGAACCAAUUUUCGAUGUCACGGACAAGCGUCUCUAGAAGCGUACGAUUCCUAUAGUUUCGACAUCAAAUGUUCGGAUGGAUCCGACGAUCAGCCACGGGUCUCUCUCUCAGGUGUUCGCUUCACACCCUUGUCGGAUGAGGACGCUUCGCUAAGUGGCACACAACAACACGGCUACUCGAUGGACUGGACGCUUGAUAUCGAUAUGUUGGAGUCUCCAGAAUUCCACCAGGCUGUAUCAGUUGACCCGUCGGCGUCGUACGAGGAGCAGCAAAACUUAUUUGAAAAGCUGCAGCUCGCAUCGUCGCUUCUGAUUACCGAUGCCCUCAGCGAACUUAAAGGUACAGCUGUCAAUCCUCCUACAAGUCAUUUGCAAAAGUAUUACGAAUGGAUGCAUCGGAUUGCGGACAAUGUCCUAGCAAAUUCAGUGGUGAAUGCACCACUCGACUCAUGGAAAAAAUAUUCCGAGGAUCCAAACCUUAAAAAGGAGCUUUACAAGGAGGUCGAAAAGUUGAACAAGGAUGGGGAACUUAUGAUUCGAUUAGGUUCUCAGAUUCCGGCGAUUAUGCGGAAUGAAGUAGAUCCACUGUAUAUCAUGUUUGGUCAAGACGACAUCAUGACCUCCUAUUAUGAGGAGGUGUUGCAUGAGGGCGACGCCACGGAGAACGUCGAUGCAUAUUUAUCCCUCCUCGGCGAAAACUACAGCGAUCUUGAGAUUCUAGAGGUGGGUGCCGGAACCGGAAGCUUCGCUCGACUUCUUUUGAAUAUUCUCGCGCCAAGGGCUGAGCAGGGAAGCACAGAUAGCACAAAUACAGUUGCCCAGUACACCUUCACUGAUAUUUCCCCUAGCUUCUUUUCCAAGGCAAAGGAAAAUCUAAGCGAAUGGACAGACCUCCUUACAUUUGAGAAAUUAGAUAUUGAACGCGACCCAACAACCCAGGGCUUUACUGCCAAAAAAUACGACUUGGUCAUUGCGCACAACGUGCUGCAUGCUACACCAGACCUAGGGAAGUCUCUCGAAAAUACUCAACGUUUGUUGAAGCCAGGUGGCAAGAUCUUGGUCCAUGAAGUAGUCAGGCCUGACAUUGUGUGGCCUUCACUUAUAUUCGGUCUUCUCUCUGGCUGGUGGUUGUCCAAUGAACCCAAUCGCAAAUGGUGUCCUCUCAUCACACUUCCAGAAUGGAAUGACCUUCUUCGUCAGAAGGGAUUUUCGGGAGUUGAAAUUGAGAUCCCCAAUUCGCGAUAUCCUGAGUUUGUAAAGCUCAGCACAAUGAUUUCCUCAGCUGUCUCAGAUUCUUCCGACCAUAGCAGGCCAGGAACUGAUGUGGUGAUCCUUGCCCCUUCGUCCGAUGUUGAUCACGAUUUAAUUCACAAAUUAAAAGUUGAACUUGCGCAAAACGCUGGAGUUACGAGCUGCACUGUCAUGCAGCUUCAUGAGUUCAUGGGAAAAGAUAUAUCCAACGUUAUCUGCAUCUCUCUUUUAGAACUUGAAAUCCCCCUGCUGCUUGAAAUUUCUGAGGACGACUUCAAGAACCUACAGCAAUUAUUUUCAACAUGCAAAAGAUUAUUGUGGAUAACGGGAGAUCCGGCCGCCCAGCCGGCGUUCAACAUGAGCACCGGCAUGAUUCGCACACUUCGAUGGGAACACGAUGCGGAGAGCCCGAAUUUUGUUACCCUCGGACUCGGUGACUCCAGUUCUUCCCCUUCUAGAUCAGUCGUCGAUUUGGUGUUGAAGAUAUUCCAAUAUCAAUUCACCAGUGGACAGACGAAACAUCAAAACGCCGAGUAUAUUCUGCGGAAUGGGUUGAUUUACGUUAACCACAUCCUUAACCAUCCUAAGGCAACCGGUUUUUUGCGUUCGCAAUUUUCGACUCUCAGUCCCGAGAUGGUACCGUGGAAGAACAUAAGAUGUCCGGUCAAACUCCAGAACGGCACUCGGGGAGUGCUCAACAAACUGCAAUGGGUGACUGACACGUCCUCUACCUUGCCGCUAGGAGACUCAGACGUUGAAAUUGAUGUUCGCGCUGUAGGGCUCAACUUCGUUGACCUUUUAAGUAUAAUGGGCGAAGGGGUGGGUGAUGUUGUUGGGAGAGAGGCAGCCGGGAUCGUGACCAGGGUUGGGCCAUGUGUUAGGCGUUUGCAGGCCGGCGAUCGUGUGGUCUACCUCACCGAAUCGCCAAAAAAGGGGACAUUCCACAGCCACGGCAGAGUCAAUGAAUCGCUGGCUAUCAGAAUGCCGAACAAUAUGAGUUUCGAAGUUGCUGCAGGCCUUCCAGUUAUUUACGCUACUGUCAUCUACAGUCUGACAAAUGUAGGUAGACUUAUUGCCGGAGAAAAGAUUCUCAUUCACUCCGCAGCUGGUGGUGUUGGCCAGGCUGCCAUUCAAUACGCUCAGUACAUUGGGGCUGAGGUUUUCGCAACUGUCUCGACCAUUGAAAAGAUGGAGUUUCUCAAGAAGGAAUACAGCAUCCUUGAAGAUCACAUUUUCACAAGCCGAGACACCAGCUUUGCUCAAGGAAUCAUGAGAAUGACUAACAAUUCCGGUGUUGAUUUGGUUCUCAACUCGCUUUCUCAAGAGUCUCUUCGGCAAUCCUUUGAAUGUGUUGCGCCCUUUGGUCGAUUUAUUGAGAUUGGGAAAAAAGACUUGCAGGCCGGCGGAAAACUGGAUAUGACUCCCUUCCUUCAAAAUAUCUCGUUUACUGGAGUGGAUUUACUUACCCUUGCGGAGUCCAGACCAAAAGUUGUGCGAGAGCUUCUCAAAACGACCAUACGCCUGUGGGAAGACAAGAAAAUCAAGGGGGCCUAUCCACUAACAACCCUGGGUUACUCUGAACUUGAAGAUGGCCUUCGCAUGUUGCAGUCCGGCAAGAAUAUUGGCAAAAUAGUGUUCGCACCUAACGAAAAGGACAUUGUCCCCGUUAUCCCUGAGGUCAAAACUCCCUAUACAUUUGAGGCUAAUGCGUCUUAUAUACUCGCUGGGGGUCUUGGAGGGCUUGGGAGAAGCUUGGCGCGGUGGAUGGACUCACUCUUUGAAAACCUGUCGUAUGCGGAUUGGACAGCGGCAAUCAAACCAAAAGCUCAAGGCUCCCAGAAUCUCCAUGAUGUUUUGCCCAAAGACCUUGACUUUUUCGUCAUGCUCUCCUCGCUUGCUGGGGUUAUGGGAGGCCGCAGUCAGGCAAACUAUGCCGCAGGUAACACAUAUCAGGACGCUCUUGCCAAACAUCGCGUUUCGAACGGGCUACGAGCAGCAAGCUUCGACAUCGGAGGGGUGCUGUCCGUUGGUUUCGUUGCUGAAAAUCAACAGUAUGCUCGAAAUGCGACCAAGGCUAUGAUACCCAUUCGGGAAGACGAAGUUCACGCAGUCGUGGAAUAUCUAAUCGACCCACGACAUGAAAUGACCGAGAGUACAUGCCAGGUACUCUUCGGCCUAGCCACAAAGAAGUCAUCCCAAGAGCGUGGAAUCCCCCCGCCUGAAUGUUUCAACUACCCCUUAUUCACCAUAUUGCAGAAGACAAGUGGUUUCCAACAACAAGGGUCGGAAGCGACAGAUACCUAUCGUGUCGACGCUCUACUCGAGGCUGCAAGAAGCAGAGAGGAGGCAGCCGAAAUAGCACUGAACGGCAUUCUAAACAAACUCUCUUUACUUCUAAAUGUUCCUGCUGAUCAAAUCGACACGGGCAAGUCGACUGUUUCCAAUGGAGUUGAUUCACUGAUUGCAAUUGAAUUCCGGACCUGGCUAGCGAAAGAGGCCGGAACAGAGUUAUCGCUCAUUGAUGUUACAGUUGGUAGCAGCAUCAAUGAGUUGAGUCAGAAGGUCGCCUAUUUGAGCCGCUUCGUCCAGGGCAAUAUCUCUGAGCCCAAGUGAGAGCUGGGUCCAGGUGCCGGGGCCGGCGAAAGGAGGGAGAGAAAUCGCGUCAU